AUUCUAUUCUAUCAGAAGACACACUCUCUUCUAUGCUCUGUUUCGAGUUUUUAGAACCUUCGACUCGUGGAUUCUACCUAAAAUUAUAGGGUUUCUUCCCAUCUUUUUCGCUGCAAAAAUGUUCUUUUUGACGUUACUUGCCUUUGCUGUCCUCUGCGCUGUCCUGAUGAUAACAUUCAAAGUCUACUUCAGAGAAGAAGAAGUAAAAAUUAUGUGCAGCGACACCAAAUUUAACAAAUUCAUACUAGAAAACUGUCCAUCGCUCAAAAUCUAUGAUAGAAUUCCUAUAUGGGGACUGAACGGACAUUUACAGACGUGCUAUGCGAGCGCUAUUAGAAAAGGACCUACUCAUUUAUGGAAAAGAGAAUGCUUAGAAAAUAGUGAUGGCGAGGAUUUUUGGAUAGACUGGCUAAACUCAAAGCCUAGAACUAAUGCAAUUAUUUGCGUGAUUCCUGGCAUUGCCGGACAUUCUGGAAAUGAUUAUAUAAAAAACUUUGCGCAUUUCUGUCAACUUGAAGGCUAUCAAGUAGUCUGCUGGAACUGGCCAGGCUGCGGUGACCAUGUUCUCUCACAUGCGAGGAUGACUACUUUGGGAGAUGCUAAGCACCUCAAAGUGAUGUUCGACCACGUUUUUAAGAAAUACCCUGACGUUCCUAUAUAUGCCGUUGGCUUUUCUCUGGGUGCAAAUAUGCUUUUGAAGUAUUUAGGACAAGAAGGGAAAAAUGCAAUUGUCAAAGCAGCUGUUUCAAUCUCAGCCGGAUAUUGCGGUGAACGAGGUCUGAACUUAAUUAGAAAGAGAACAUUCUAUUCAAAGGUAUUAGCUGGGAAAUGGAAGGUCGUCAUAAAAAAACACGAGCAUCUAUGGAAAAACCACCCUGCGAUUGAUUACAGUAAAAUCCAAAAAGCAUCAAGUCUAGAACAGAUCGAUUUAUUACUAUCAACAAAAAUUCUGAACUACAACACUAUCGAGGAAUAUUACGCUGCCCAUGGUAGUUUAGAAUGGCUGGAACAUAUCAAAAUUCCGACGCUGCUAUUGAAUGCUCUAGAUGAUCCAAUUGCACACUCACAGUUGGUCGAGGCUGCUAAGGGGAAAAUAGGUCUGAAUCCUAACAUCAUAUUGGCAACCACGAAGAAGGGAGGACACAUGGGCUGGGUUCAAGGUGGUUUUUUCAGACCAGAGUUGAAAAUGUGGAUGGAUAGCGUGAGCUUGGAUUUCAUUAGGGCUGCUCAAAAAUUACAGAUGACUGAACGGGGGAGCGAGACGGGUUUAAAAUGUAGAGGAAGUCUGAACAAGUAUUCGGAAAACAACCCCUUUAUGAAAGAAAGAGAUGGAUUUGUUGCUGGGACAACGAUGUUAGAACGUGAUUAAAAAGUGUAGUGUACGCAAAAAAAAUGUUGAAUCUGACCUAGCUUUUUUGUUGAACGACCGAGACUGUACUAAAUUUCAAGAUAUUGGGGCAUAGAUCGCAUAAAGCACUCAUCAUAUACGGAUUGUUUGACUAAAUAGUGGUUAACGAUACACUAGACACAUUAUCAUAAAGGGAGAGAGACAGGAUGCUAAAUAUUGCAUGAUUUUCGUAUUGAUUCUUCAGAAUAAAAAACAUGGCAAGUAGAUGAAAUGUUUCGAAAGCUUAGCGAAAAAAAAGACAUGUGCCUCUUUCUUCAAUUGUAGAAAGAGGCACCUGUGCCAUCCCGUUUUAAAAAAGGGUAGUCUAAGCUCUUGUACGCCAGUAAAACAUUGGCAUUUUUCGCCAAUGUGAAUUAGAUCAUGUACGACAACAAAGAACUACAGUUUUCUGUAUUUUGUAUACAGUAGCUCGAUAUGGCAUUGUAUCAUACAUCUACGCUCCACUGGACUGCGUAAAAAGGAAGUCAAUUUUUGAACGCUCUGCCGUUGAGAGCCCAAAUUUGGAUUUCCUUCGCGCUCGUGGUGUCGAAACUAUAGCUGCAAGACUUGAAAACCAAGUGGCAAUGAGAUCCACGCACAUAUAAUAUACGGUACACACGUAAAAUAAUGCAUAUCAAAUCGCGUUGUAGCUCGAUGCGUUAAAACUGUAUACAAAUAAAUUUCAGUUGCGUAAAAAAAAGUGUCGAGCAAUCGCAUAUACUUACGAUUCUUCGACAGAUGGACUUUUCAGUGCGCUUCUACAGCAUGUAUGCUCUUAGCACUUUGACGGAAUACGGAGCACCUAUCUCGCGACAUGAAGCGUCGAACGAGGUUGAAAUGACAAGUGGGCGUGAUGAAUGAGGACCUCACAUGAAGGCCAUUGGUAGGAUCCUGUUCAACAAUGGUUCAGCAUUCCAUCCAGUAGACCUCCACAAGACGUCAAACAAUUGAUAGAAACAAGAAUUUUCAAAAUCGACUUUUUUUUACAUCAAAAAAAACCAAGCAUUGUAUUGUUAUAAUUCCUUAAAAUCUAUUAUUGCAA